AUGGAGGAUGAAAGUUAUAAUGCGGGGGUACAUUUAAGCUUUAAUGAUUUUAUUUUAAUAAUUUCAGUGUUCUAUUCAAUAUGUGAUAUAUUUAUGCAAUGGGGAGAAUUUUCUAAAUGUCAUAAGCCAAUACAAUUAUGGCUAGUUAUAUCAUUUAUAUCUAUUGUUUUAUAUAGAUUGGCACAUAUUUUAUCUCAGCAUUUAAGUAAUAAUAAUGAAAAUUUUAUAAUAUAUAGAAGGAAUGGUCCACCAUAUAUUAUUAACGCUAUACUAAUAUUUAUUUUAUUUCCAUUUUUUUUUAUAUGGAACAUUAUUGGAACAAUAUGGAUAUAUCAAAUUAUUAAAUACACACCAAAAUGCUUGCCUAAAAAUAAUCAUCCAUGGUUUAUUGUAUUAUGGAUUGUACUUUGUUAUAUUUGGAUUUUUUUAUAUUUAUUUUUUAUUUCCUUAUCAUUAUAUUUCGAAUAUCAAGCUAGAUUAUAUGAAAGAAGAUUAACAAAUAUCCAUCCCAAUGAUUUUUUUUCGAGAUGGGGCUAUAAUAUAGAUUUAAUGCAAGAUUAUGGUAUAUAUAUAUAUAGAAAUGGACUUAACUCAAAACAAAUUAAUAGUUUGCCAUAUUAUUAUAUAAAUAGUCUUCCCGAGGAUUUGAAAUGUUCUAUAUGUUUAAAUGACCUUCAACUUAAUGAAUGCGCCAGAACAUUAUUAUUAUGCAAUCAUACAUUUCAUAAAGCUUGCAUUGACUUGUGGCUGAUCAGGAGUGCUACUUGUCCAAAUUGCAAAUCGCCCAUUGCGUCUCAGGGGGUAUUUUCCCCUGUAUGA